AUGGAGCAGAAUGAGGUCUUCAAGAAGACUGAGGGGGGUGUCGACUUCAGAACAGUGGGAUGGAUGAGAGCCUCUGUUAUAUUCUUGAAGAUUAUCUUCGCGACCGGUGUCCUCAGUAUCCCAACGGCGAUGUACUCUCUGGGUGCAGUAGGGGGCUCCCUUUCAGUCGUUGGCUGGGGCCUACUGACCACUUACACCGCGGUGAUUCAAGGUGACUACCGCAACAGACACCCCAGCUGCCACUCCAUCGCCGACAUGGCGGGCGUUUUGGGUGGCGUGGUACUGAGAGAGAUUGUCGGUGUGCUCUUCUUGAUCGCCUAUAUUCUUUGUGCUGGUUCAGGAAUUCUUGGAGUGUCCAUUGCUCUCAAUGCUCUCUCUACCCACGCUGCAUGCACAGUUUGGUGGUCUUUCAUCGCAUUCAUCGUUGUUUCGGUAACUGCUUCAGUUCGAAAAUUUCACUCCAUUGGAUGGCUUACCUACGUCGGAUUCGCCUCUAUAUUUGCUGCAGUCUUCAUCGUUGUGAUUGCAGUGACAACCCGCGAUCGACCAGCAGCAGCCCCUCAAACUGGUGACUAUGAGCUAGGAUACUACGCCAUCGCACACCCAACUUUUAUUUCUGGUAUUACGGCUUCAGCUACUAUCUUCGUUUCGUCUUCAGGGACAUCGGCAUUCUUGCCCGUUAUCUCAGAGAUGCGUAGGCCGCAGGAUUACAGGAAGGCUCUGUUCACGUGUAUGGCCUUCGUACAGUCCACCUACCUUUGUUUCUCUCUUGUGGUAUACAGGUGGUGUGGACAAUGGGUCGCCUCUCCUUCUAUUGGAAGCGCUGGUCAGACAGUAAAGAAAGUCGCAUAUGGAAUCGGACUCAUUGGACUCAUCGUCUCCGCCUGCUUGUAUCUUCACGUGGCAGCGAAGUACCUGUUCGUCCGAAUCCUGCGUAACACUCGCCACCUUCAGCAAGAUACCGUAAUUCACUGGGGAACAUGGCUGGGAUGCACUUUCGGCCUGGGGGCUAUCUCCUUCAUCCUCGCCGAAGCCAUCCCCAUCUUCAACUACCUGCUCGCACUCACCGGGUCGAUUUGUUUCGCGCCCAUAGGUAUUGCCCUUCCGGGGUUCUUGUGGCUGAGUGACUUCAAGCAUUAUAGGAAAGGAUCCGUAAGGCAGAGGGUGGAGUUCUGGUCGCAUUGGUUUUUGCCCUUGCUUGGUGCAUUUCUCUGUGUAGGUGGAACUUAUGGGGUUGUACAGCUGAUUAUCGACGCUUAUGCGGAUAAUCAAAUUGGAUCUGCUUUCAGUUGUGCCGAUAACUCUGGCUCGACAUAA